AUGAAUCGUCCACGUGCAAAAGUCGAGGAGGAUGAGCUCGAGUCGCGUAAUGGCGAGAGCAUCGCUCUUGGUCCGAGUUUGGAAACCGUCUCCAACUCUGCAAAGAACCUACAACCGGACCCUACCGAAAUUGCAUUGCGGGAAGUAGCCAGUCUCUUACAGGUUCAAGUUCUCAAUGCGACAUCUCCGACCGAGGCCGGAUUUACCCCGUCUUUAGCCGCUGUAUGGGUCAAUGCGCUAUGGUUCUUGUCUCUGAGUUUGAGCGUAUCCGCCUCGCUCGUCGCGAUGCUGGCCAAAACAGUGGUGCUAUUCGUACGUAUCUGGCUGGACCGGUCAGCCGCACGUUCAGGCCCGCUCGAGGGCAGCGUAGACUCGAUGGACUGGAACGAGACCGAUCCUUAUGGACUCGGGCUUCAGUUGUCUUCACGACAGCGACAUAACCCGGCGAAUUCCAAUGUCGCCGCUUUCGGUGCAGCAUGUAUGGGCAUUUGGCGAGAGUUCUGGACCCAAGUUGAAUGGAUAUGGCCCAAGGCUCCCAUCACAACUUCGUACAAUCUAUUGAAGAAGUACUCCGAGGGCGAGCUUACACUCCAUUCAUCCGCCGUGGUCGCAUUGGUAAAAAGGAUCGCUCUCGAAGCCGCAAGAUGGUUCGAUUUACGAUAUGCGCACGAUAGAGGACACGUUGUGAUGGUUCUCGUUAAACUGGUUUCCCGGACCUCGUUGCAUUUCCUUUGA